AUGAUCGCCGCCGCCUCUGCCGGGAAGGGGCCGGAGGGCAGGUACCCGCUGCACCGCCUGGUCUGGCACAACCGCGCCCGCGAGCUGGACCGGGAGAUCAGCACCCAGCAGGUGGACAUCGAGCAGCUGGACCCGCGGGGCCGCACGCCCCUGCAUCUCGCCACCACGCUGGGCCACCUGGACUGCGCCAGAGUCCUGCUGCAGCACGGAGCCGACGUGGGCAAGGAGAACCGCAGCGGCUGGACAGUGCUCCAAGAGGCGGUGAGCACCCGCGACCUGGAGCUGGUGCAGCUGGUCCUGCGGUACCGUGACUAUCAGCGAGCCGUCAAGCGCCUGGCUGGGAUCCCCAUCCUGCUGGAGAAGCUGCGCAAGGCCCAGGAUUUCUACGUGGAGAUGAAAUGGGAAUUCACCAGCUGGGUGCCCUUGGUCUCCAAGAUCUGCCCCAGCGACACCUACAAGGUGUGGAAGAGCGGCCAGAACCUGCGUGUGGACACGACGCUGCUCGGCUUCGACCACAUGACCUGGCAGCGGGGAAACCGCAGCUUCAUCUUCCGGGGACAAGACACCAGCGCGGUGGUGCUGGAGAUCGACCACGAGCGGCAGGUGGUGUACUCCGAGACGCUGGCGCUGGCCAGCCACGACCGCGAGGGCCUGCUGGCUGCUGUGCAGCCCACCGAGGAGCAGGUGAUGGGCCGCCUCACCGCGCCUGUCGUCACCACCCAGCUGGACACCAAGAACAUUGCCUUCGAGAGGAACAAGACGGGGCUCCUGGGCUGGCGGAGCGAGAAGACGGAGGUGGUGAAUGGGUACGAGGCCAAGGUUUACGGCGCGUCCAACGUGGAGCUGAUCACGCGGACGCGGACAGAGCACCUCUCCGACCAGCACAAGGGCAAGAGCAAAGGCAGCAAGACCCCACUGCAGUCCUUCCUGGGGAUCGCCGAGCAGCACGUGGGGCCCAGCAAUGGGACGCUGAUCACGCAGACCCGGAGCCACACCAACCCCACGGCCAUCACCCCCGAGGAGUACUUCAACCCCAGCUUCGAGCUGGGCAGCAGAGACAUGGGGCGCCCCAUGGAGCUCACCACCAAGACGCAGAAGUUCAAGGCCAAGCUGUGGCUGUGUGAGGAUCACCCACUGUCCCUGGGCGAGCAGGUGGCGCCGAUCAUCGACCUCAUGGCCAUAAGCAACGCGCUCUUCGCCAAGCUCCGGGAUUUCAUCACGCUCCGCCUGCCGCCCGGCUUCCCCGUCAAGAUAGAAAUCCCCAUCUUCCACAUCCUCAACGCCCGCAUCACCUUCGGGAACCUCAAUGGCUGCGACGAGCCCGUCAGCUCCGUGCGCCGCAGCUCCGGGAGCGAGGCACCUUCGCCCAGCAGCGACUCCUCCAGCGUCAGCAGCUCCAGCUCCCUGGCCUCCUGCCGGGCCUGCGAGAUGGACCCGUCCCUGUUUGAGGCCCCGCCUGGGUACAGCGUGCUGGGCAGCCAGCGGGAUGCCAUGCGCGAGGAGGACGACGACCUGCUGCAGUUCGCCAUCCAACAGAGCCUGCUGGAGGCCGGCACGGAGUAUGACCAGGUGACCAUCUGGGAAGCUUUGACCAACAGCAAGCCGGGCACGCACCCCAUGUCCCAGGAGGGCCGGCGAGGAGACAGGUUGGUAAGGUCUGGCUAGUCCUAGCCAGGGACACCCCAGCACACGCCUCCCCCCCGGCAGGCCAGCCCCCAGCAGCGGGGCGGGGGCAGCCCCCUGUUCCGCAGCUACGACGAGCAGCUGCGCCUGGCCAUGGAGCUGUCGGCGCGGGAGCAGGCAGAGGCGGAGCGGCGCACGCGGCAGGAGGAGGAGGAGCUGCGGCGCAUCCUGCAGCUCUCGCUGACCGAGCAGUAG